ACAGCAGAACGGCAGAAUAUGGUAACACCUAUCCACACCACGGCUGAAGUUGGAAACAGGACUGCGGCUCCAGUGACCUCAACAGUAAGGACAGACACAGAUCUAACGCCUACAUUCUCUGAGUUCCUGACACAGUGGAACGACUUCCAUUUGUUCCAGCUGACAAAAUUCUAUCGGGAGAGACUGAAGCAGGCGAUUGAAGAAGGGGUUGAAAAACUCGGCUUCAUGAUGAGACGGCAGGGAAAUUUCAGUGAACAGGAACACGGGCUUGUGGUAAAGGGAAACCGGAGAGAGAGUUCCACACUCUUCCUCAGUCUGGUGAUGGAGAAGGGUAACCGGCCCCGGCGGGUGAUGUGGGAAUCCUUUGUGAAAAUGCAGAAUGAAUUACCAAAGCUGGACAAAAUACUGAAAGAAAUCCAGGAGCUCGGUCCUGAUCCACAAGAAUACAUGAACAUCAUCAGAGGUUUAUCUGAAUUACCCUCUCAUACGGAAGAUGUUCAACAGAAACACAAGGAGACUCUGCGAGCACAGACUGAAACACUGAGCGUCAACACCAUCCUGAUGAAGGAGAAGGUUAAGGUUUUCCAGCUGCUUGAUCGAUACGCUGAGCUCACAAUCAUCUCCACUGUUCGAGAUCGGACACUGGUGGAACAUGAGCUCCUGGCAAGAGGUCGGGACCAUGAAGAGUGGAGAGAGAAAUGUCUCCGGGAAAAACUGGAAAAAAUCAGGACAGAUCAAUUGUUCUACAGCAGCUUUACCCGGAAUAAAUCCGGAUCUGGGAGUUCAGCAACAGUGGCCGGAGACCCGGGGAUCGGAAAAACAACAAUGGUGCAAAAGAUUGUUCAUGACUGGGCCACAGGGAAAAUAUACCAAAACUUCCAGUUUGUCUUCAGUUUCAAAUUCCGGGAUUUGAACACUAUUAACUGCAGAGUAACCCUGAGGGAACUGAUUCUGGAUCAGUAUCCUUACUUUGGGAAUAUCCUGGGAGAGGUCUGGAAGAACCCAGAGGGAUUGCUGUUUAUAUUCGAUGGUCUGGAUGAAUUCAAGUGCAGAAUCGAUUUUGCUGACAGUCGGAGAGACACAGAACCUAAGCACCAGUGCCCAGAUCCCGAGUGGUGGUGUGAAGUGUCUGACAUUGUGUACAGUUUAAUCCAGCACAAGCUGCUCCCAGGGUGUUCAGUGCUAGUGACCACCCGACCCACUGCGUUACAUUUACUGGAAAAGGCAGAGAUCAGUGUCCGGGCUGAAAUCCUGGGAUUUGUUGGUGAGGAACGGAAGGAAUAUUUCACCAGGUAUUUUGAAGAUCAGAUGCUGGCAGCAGCUGUUUUCAAACAUGUGAAGGAGAACGAGAUCCUGUACACCAUGAGCUACAACCCCUCCUACUGCUGGAUCCUCGGCCUGACACUGGGCCCCUUCUUCACACAAACACACCAGGACCCGCAGCGAGUUCCCACGACCAUCACACAACUAUAUUGCAACUUUAUUUACAACAUCCUGAAAAACCACGGCCGUGAGAUUGAGAACCUCCGUGAGGUGUUACUGAGUGUUGGUCAGAUGGCCUUCACUGGAGUGGCCGAGAAGAACAUUGUGUUCACAGAUGGAGAUUUGAUCAAAUACAAUCUGCAGCCUUCCCAGUUCCUAUCCGGGUUCCUGAUGGAACUUUUGGAGAGAGAGGAUUCAGCCCGGAGCGUGGUGUACACCUUCCCGCACCUCACCAUCCAAGAGUUUGUAGCCGCACUCGCACAAUUCCUGACUGUAGAUCCCGGGAAUAUCGUGAAACUCCUGUCUGAAGCCCACAGCAUGACAGACGGGCGAUUUGAAAUAUUUCUCCGUUUUGUCGCUGGUCUCUCCUCCCCACAGUCAGCUCGGGUCCUGGAGGAGUUUCUGGAUCCAUUUCCUAAUGAAACAACUGGCCAAGUGAUUGACUGGGUGAAGGAGGAGGUUAAACGCCGGGCUGGAAACACAGAGAGUGACGCUGAUAAACGGAGCCUCCUGAACACGUUUCACUACCUGUUCGAGUCUCAGAAUCCUGCACUGGCUCAGCAGACACUGGGAUCUGUGGAAACACUUUCAUUCUAUGAACUGGGACUGACGCCGAUUGACUUUGCGGUCAUGUCUCAUGUCAUCGGGAUCUGUGAUACAAUCAAACACCUCAAUCUGGAGGACUGCCGCAUUCAGUGUGAAGGUCUCCAGCGGCUGGGACCUGCUCUGCACAAGUGUCAGUACUUGAGACUGGGUUUCAAUGACCUGGGAGAUUCUGGAGUGAAACUGGUAUCUGCGGCUCUGCAGAACCCGGACUGUAAAAUACAGACUCUGAGGCUGGCUUAUGUCGGUCUCACAGAUUCUGGAACCAAGGAUCUCGUCUCCGCUCUCAGUACAAACCACUCACUGACGGGACUGGACCUGAGUGGUAAUAAACUGGGAGAUUCUGGAGUGAAACUGGUAUCUGCGGCUCUGAGGAACCCGGACUGUAAAAUACAGAGUCUGUGGCUGAACGGUGUCAGUCUCACAGAUUCUGGUGCCGAGGAUCUCGUCUCCGCUCUCAGUACAAACCACACGGUGACGGAGCUGUGGCUGUCACACAACUAUCUCACAGACCGAUCUGUCCCCGCUCUGCGCCGCCUCAUACUGAACCUCCUGAGACUGAAGCAGAUCGGGCUGGAGAAUAAGUUCAGUGCAGACGGACGGAACCAGCUGAAGAGUCUGCAGGGAAUCAGACGCGGACUGAGUGUGACCGUGUGAACAUCUCGGGGUGUGAACUUCACUGACCUGGGGACCGGAAUAUUGUUGGCUGAUUCCCCGCUCUGCCCUUUAAAUGGCCGCCCUCCCCUUUAAACACCAAUGCUUCCCGGGCCGGCCGGGCGGUGAUGUCAGAGGUGGCGCUGCCCGCUGUCACGUGACCCGGGUACGCGGUGAUGCUGCUGCUGACACCGGAUAUCCGGUGCUGCCCACAGUGGGGGACGAGGGAAUUGCAGCUGGACGUGCAGGAUCCCAGAUGUGACUUCAUCAGCUCCUGCUGUGGAUUGAUGGUGACAACAACAGCAGCAACAUUGUUCAAACUGUUCAUUCACACAGCAAUGUCUGUUACUGCUGUAUUGUCUGUAAAUCAAAUGUAAAUAUUUAAUGACAGUAAAUAACAUUGAAAUUUAGUG